AUGCCUAUUCCAAAAUCUACUUUUCGUCCAAUUGCUCCUAAACCACAAACACCUGUACGGGACCCUUAUGUUAUAGCUGUAUUAACAUUUACUCCAUCAGAAAUUCAAGAAGUGACGGUACUUACUACUGAUGUUUCAACACCUGUAAUCACUAAAGUUUCUAAAAAGAAUAAUGGCCAAAAAACAGAAAGAGCAAGUUCUGUUAAAGAAGAAACUGGCUGGGAUGAUACAAAUACCGGAUUAUUGAUAAGUUUUCUUGAAGAUAAUUUUGAUAUUUACAAAAAAAAUAAGUCCAAUUUUGCCAAAACAGCUGCUACUAAGAUUUUUUCAGGAAAGUCACUUGAUGCUUUAUUUGGAACUCGUAAAAAUCACAAUCCGGGAUUUUUAGUAGAUGGAUUUUCUGAUGAUGUUCAAUUGUUUGACAAUUUUAAAGAAAAAGAAACAGAAACUAACGAAGAAGAUCCAUUAGCCGAAGCCAUGAUUUCUAUGAGUAAUGCAAGACAAAUAAUUUGGGAAAAACAACUUGCCUCUGAGAAUGACCUAGAAGCAGAAACAGUUUUUAAAAAAGAAGAAUUAGAAGUUGAGCGAAUUAAAGCUGGAACAUUGCGAAAGAAAAUGGAGUUUGAAAUAGAGCAAUCACGUAUGCAAUAUGAGAUUAGAAUGAAAGAAUUGGAUUUAAGAAUGUUGCAAUAUAAAUUAUCUUUAGAAUAG